AUUGCUUUGGUUUCUAUUUCUUUCUUAAGUCCUCCCCGGUGCAGAGGACUGGCCGGCCAGCGUGCAACGCGGCAGUAGCCACAGAGGCGGUGGAGAGAUGGCCUUUGGCGGCGCCCAGCCUCCCUACAUAAACCCAGCCGUCCCCUUUACCGGGGUAAUCCAAGGAGGUCUCCAGGACGGACUUCAGAUCACCAUCAACGGGACCGUUCUUUACUCCAACGGAAACAGGUUUGCUGUGAACUUUCAGACUGGCUACAAUGACAAUGACAUUGCCUUCCACUUCAACCCUCGGUUUGAAAACGGCGGGUAUGUGGUCUGCAACACAAAGCAGAGAGGAAGCUGGGGGCCCGAGGAGAGGAAGAUGCAAAUACCCUUUCAGAGGGGGAAUCCCUUUGAGCUCUGCUUCCUGGUACAGAGCUCAGAGUUCAAGGUGACGGUGAACAGGAAUCUCUUCAUGCAGUAUGCACACCGCGUGCCCUUCCACUGCGUCAACACCAUCUGCAUCACGGGCGCCGUGCAGCUGUCCUCCAUCAGCUUCCAGAACACCCGCGCAGCUCCCUUCCAGCCCGCCUUCUCCACAAUGCAGUUCUCCCAAGCUGCCUGCUUCCCACCCAAGCCUAAGGGGCGCAAACCAAAGCCUCCCGGGAUCUGGCAGGCCAACUCGGCUCCCAUGACUCAGACCAUCAUCCACACCAUGCAGAGCACCCCUGGACAGAUGUUCCCUAAUCCCAUGAUCCCACCCAUGGCAUAUCCCAACCCAACCUAUCCAAUACCUUUCUUCACCUCCAUCCCGGGCGGACUGUACCCCUCUAAGAGCAUCAUAGUGUCAGGCACCAUCCUGCCCAGCGCUCGGAGGUUCUACAUCAACCUGCGCUCCGGGAAUGACAUCGCCUUCCACCUGAAUCCCCGCUUUGACGAGAAUGCUGUGGUCCGCAACACACAGAUCAACAGUUCCUGGGGGUCCGAGGAGCGAAGCCUGCCCCGAAAGAUGCCCUUCUUCCCAGGCCAGAGCUUCUCGGUGUGGAUCAUGUGUGAAGGCCACUGCCUCAAGGUGGCCGUGGAUGGUCAGCACCUGUGUGAGUACUACCACCGCCUGAAGAACCUGCCCGCCAUCAACAACCUGGAGGUGGGGGGCGACAUCCAGCUGUCCCACGUGCAGACGUAGGCUGGCCCUGCCCCGUGUGCUCUCUGCAUCUGCCUAUCGCCCUCACUUUCCCCGCCCCAGCCCCAGCCCUUCCCAGCCCGCCCAGGGUCCGGGCUGUGCUGAAGAGACCACGUCCUCGGCUGGCUCUGCUUCUGGCUGCAGAGGGCAGCUGGCCAGGACUGCCUUCCUCCAGGGGGGCAGCACCCAGAUCCUAAGAGGAGGGGAGGUCUGCAGGCAGAAGGCCUGUUGGGUCCCCUCGGCAGAAAGGGAGGGUCCUGACCUUCCCAGGCCUGCGCCCUGCCUGCCUCUCAACCACACUCCCACCCCCAAUUCAAGUCCACCUCGUCCCAGCUGUCACUACACCUGGGAGGUGGUAUCCUCGGCCCCUCCUCUCUCUCCAACAUUUAAUCUCUCCUUCCUCUCUGGAAACUACCCAGAUGUCACCCCAUUGGUCUCCACCAAAGGACGGGAGCCUUCUCAGCAGGGGGCACUCCCUUUCCCAGUGUCUUUUGAAUAAACAAAAAAGGAAAAAUGCUUGU